CGAAGCGGUUCUUCAAGCGGAGCGCUCGGGUCCGCGGCCCUCGGCCCGAAACGGCGGCAGCUGGGGGCGGGGCCUCGGCGGAGGCCGGCGCCCCGCCUCUCUCGCGCCCUCCUCCUGCGUGACGUGCUGCCCUGCCCCUCUCACGCCCGCGCGGCGCCGCGGUCUCUCGGCUUGGUUACCGCGUCCCGGCGCUGGCCCCGGAAGUAGGGUCGCCCCGCACGGUUUCUGCUCCUGGGCGGCGACGGUCGCUACGGUGGCGGCCACUGCAUCUCGUACCGCCUCCGCGGCCCUGGGCGUGGUAUCAGCGGGCCCUGGGACUAUGACGGGCCAGGGCCAGUCGGCGGCGUCAGGGUCGUCGGCGUGGAGCUCGAUAUUCCGCCACGUCCGGUACGAGAACCUGGUGGCGGGCGUGAGCGGCGGGGUGCUGUCCAACCUCGCGCUGCACCCGCUCGACCUCGUGAAGAUCCGCUUCGCCGUGAGUGACGGAUUGGAACUGAGACCAAAAUAUAAAGGAAUUCUGCAUUGCUUAACUACCAUUUGGAAACUUGAUGGACUGCGGGGACUUUACCAAGGAGUAACCCCAAACGUGUGGGGUGCAGGUUUAUCCUGGGGACUCUACUUUUUCUUUUACAAUGCCAUCAAAUCAUAUAAGACAGAAGGAAGAACGGAACGUUUAGAGGCAACAGAAUACCUCAUCUCCGCUGCUGAAGCUGGAGCCAUGACCCUCUGCAUUACAAACCCAUUAUGGGUAACAAAAACUCGCCUUAUGUUACAGUAUAAUGGUGUUGUUAACUCCUCACAACGACAAUAUAAAGGAAUGUUUGAUACACUUCUGAAAAUAUAUAAGUAUGAAGGUGUGCGUGGAUUGUAUAAGGGAUUUAUUCCUGGACUAUUUGGAACAUCACAUGGUGCCCUUCAAUUUAUGGCGUAUGAAUUGUUGAAGUUGAAAUACAACCAACAUAUCAACAGAUUACCAGAAGCCCAGUUGAGCACAAUAGAAUAUAUAUCUGUUGCAGCACUAUCCAAAAUAUUUGCUGUAGCAGCAACGUACCCAUAUCAAGUUGUGAGAGCUCGUCUUCAGGAUCAACACAUGUUUUACAAGGGCGUAUUGGAUGUAAUCACAAAGACAUGGAGGAAAGAAGGCAUCGGUGGAUUUUACAAAGGAAUUGCUCCCAAUUUGAUUAGAGUGACACCAGCCUGCUGUAUCACUUUUGUGGUAUAUGAGAACGUCUCACAUUUUCUACUAGACCUUAGAGAAAAAAAAAAGUAAGCUAAAAGAAGUUAAUUCCAAUACAUCUGCUUAAGCAGCAACUCUUCCUUUGUGUCUGAGAUUUAAACAUCAGAAGAAGACAGCACAGCAACAUGGCUCACAAUGAAAAUUGAUCUACAAUCAUUAGUAGUCAGAGAACUGCUAAGAACUUGCAAUGUUUUUCUGCUUUUUGCCUUCCCUGUAUGUGUGGGACUUGGCUACCUCUGCCAGAAAUGGCUCCCAUCAACACAGUAGUAAAACCGACAUCAAGUGGAGAGUUUCACAAAUUUCUGUAUUUCACUGUUCAAGUAGGAGCUGAUAACAGCAUUUGCUAAAUGGAUUAGCUGAAUAUGCUGCUUUUUUCUAAACUCAUUUGCCUGGAUUGGAUUUAGAAUCAGUCUCGUGCAAAAUAGCAAGUAAUGGCUUCUGAAAAGAAUUUUAUCAUUGCUGUUUCAAGGGUAAAUUAAAUUUUAAGGACUUUCUGGGCAAAGUGUUGCUUAAAUCCAGACCAGUUUUGAAUUGGGAAAUUUUGGUGAGAAAAAAACCCUAUAUAUAAAUGUGCUUUAGUUUUCAAUUCAGUUGGAAUGUGCUCACUAGGAAAUUUGAAAAGUGAUAUGCUUCUCUUAAUUUGAAAAGUAACUGAUAUUCAUUGUCAUUCUGCAAUUAAUCUUUUCCCCUGGGGGCUCUUCCAUAAUUUAAAAUAUAAUUGUGGAUUCAGUGACUAUUUUUUGACAUAGAUACUUAGUGUCUCUUAAACUUUUAAAAUCUGAAUUGGGAACCAGCUGUAUCAGUCUUGGCUAACAUAUUUGGCUAUAAUCACUAACUGGCUAUAAAUCAGUAAUAGAUCACUUCAUACAAAUACUGUAAUGAUUGGGAUCUGUUAGUUGAGAAACUGUGGGGAAAUGAGUAACUUCCUAAGUCAGCCAUCGGAUAUAUGGGUCCAGAUCUCAAAUAAAUGAUUAAUAUACAUUGGUUGCUCAUAUUCAGAUGGAAUUCUAUUAAUGGCCGUUAUUGAUUUUUACUUGAGUCAUAUAAAUACCUAUAAAAGACUGCCCCAAAAGGACACCAGAAUUAUAUUUUUAUUUAUCAUAAGCCUUUAUGAAUGCUGUUGCACUUCCAUCUGUCUGUUGUAAAUAAAAAACAUUGUGGUUUUCAAAACCAUUUUUAAAUGGUUCUUUGAAAAUAGGUCUAUUUUUUUAUAUUUUGCAAAUGGCAUUAUUUUAAAAAUAUGAAACAAGUAUCUAAUUGUAUUUAAGUUAUAACAUGCACAGGAAUACUUUAUAAAUUAAAUGUGAUGUAUUUUUUCAUA